GCGAGGAAAAUAAUCGAUCGGAAGGGUGCGCGUGAAGGAUUUGUUUACGGUUGUUUGGUGCUUUUUCGCUCCGUGUCCGCUCUGUCCGCUGGCCACGGGCCGCCCAAGGUUCUGUGACGUACGAUGCGUUCCUGGAUGAGCCGAUGGCUAUCGCGGGCGCUGCACCAGAGCUUCCAAAAUGCGGGCACGAUCGCGGAGAGCAGGCCCCGUACCUAUUCGCGGUUCAUCUCGGUCGUCAGUGGGUUCCCGAAGAACCUGGCCCAAUCGAAAUACAAACCGGGCAAAAUGGGAGACGACGCGUGGUUCAUUGCUAACACCAAAUCGGCGGACGUUCUAGGUGUCGCUGAUGGGGUCGGCGGAUGGCGCAGUUACGGAAUUGAUCCGGGCGAGUUUGCCGAGGUGCUUAUGAAGAACUGCGAACGGCUGGUGAAUUUUGCCCGAUUCGAUCCGGUGAAACCGGUGAACCUGAUCGCAUCCGGAUAUCGGGAACUGCGCGCCCACAGAGAAAGCAUACUGGGUAGUAGCACAGCGUGCAUAGUUGUGUUUAAUCGAGAAGACAGCAGCAUUUACACGGCCAACAUCGGCGACAGCGGCUUCAUCAUCGUGCGCAAGGGGGAGAUAGUGCAUCGCAGCGAGGAGCAACAGCACUACUUCAACACACCGUUUCAGCUUUCGUUACCUCCGGCCGGCCACACCGAUGUACUAAGCGAUAGUCCGGAGUCUGCCAACACGACCACCUUCCCGGUGUGCAACGGAGACGUAAUUCUGGUGGCCACGGACGGUGUGUUCGACAAUGUACCGAUCAAGCUACUAGUCGAGACUCUGCAUGGGAUGGAAGGAGUGUACGACCAAGUGAAGCUGCAGAUGUGUGCAAAUUCGAUCGCCCUGAUGGCGAGAUCUUUGUCUUUCGACAGCAAAUUUCUUUCACCAUUUUCUCUCAACGCUAGACGAAAUAAUAUCAGUGCAAUGGGUGGGAAACCAGACGAUAUAACUGUAGUGUUAGCGACAGUGGCCCUGUAACAAUGUUGUAGCUAUCGGUUGCUUUCUUGUGCAUACUGGCAACCGCAGGAUAUUGGCCGGUUGUAGCAAAACGGUACACUUACAGAUGCAUUAGAAACGCGAGGCACAUUAACCACACUCACCCGUUACUGGAAGCCACCGAGUGAACGAAGCGCCUUCCUUGCUGUAACGGAAAUGGCUGUUUGGAGAGAGAAUGAUUUUUGUUUGUUUUAGAUUUAAAUUUUAGUUUUAUUAUUUUUCAUCUCAAAUAGACUGGGAUUGCUACAUGAUCAAAUAAAUUGAAUACGAACCUUUAAGUAAGUUUAA